CCAGACAAAUAAUACAGAAGAAGAAGAAGAAGAAGAAGAGUGGCAGAAAUCGAGAGACUCCGUUCAUCUCCGGUGUUCUAUAUUAUUGUAGAGGAUUGAUCAAUAUGGAUAACAUUGUGGACUCAUUGAACAAAGCUUACGAGAAGUUUGUUCUUGCCUCGGCUAGUGUUAUUGAGUCUAAAGAGAGUGCAGGAGGGCAAAAAGCAUCUCUCACUGAUGCUGCCUUGGAAAAUUUCAAGGAGAAAUGGGAACUGUUCCGUGUGGCUUGUGAUCAAGCAGAGGAGUUUGUGGAGUCAGUGAAGCAGAGGAUUGGAUCUGAGUGUUUAGUUGAUGAGGCUACUGGUUUAACUACUGCAUCAGGAGGAGGCCAAACAGCAGCGGCUAGUGGUGCUGCGACUAGUCUCCCGCCCAUUAGUGCAGUAAGGCUUGAACAGAUGAGUAGAGCUGUUCGAUGGCUUGUUCUUGAGCUACAACGUGGCUCUGGUGUAGCUCCUGGCUCUGUGCAUUCCUCAUCUACUGGGUUUGAUACUAGAUUCGCUGAAGACUCGACUCAGUAAUAGCGUGUCUUGCCUACACACUCCUUAAUAACUUCGAAACAACGCUUACAACCAAGCAAGAAGAGUGGCCAUAUAUACAUAUUCUGUUAUUUUAUGUGAUUGAACCAAGCAAGAAGCAAACACUUGGGUUUUGAUUUUAGUUGUUAUGAUUCCUCA